AUGGCCGACUCACUUUACAAAAGGCAGAGUUCUACUUCUCAGUGUCGCCGCCGGCGAUAUUCAUGGUGCUGUUCCUUUGCUGUACCACCUUCAAGCCCAGAGAACCGUCCCACGACUAAACCCACUUUCCAGAAGAAAAAGAAACCCCACAACUCGGUCUCUAAGCCUGGUCCUCAUUCAGUCCCCAACUCACCCAAAUCCGGGUUAAAUUUUGUGGGUCGGAUCGACCCGAGAAGAAUCCUCUCUCCAGGUCGCGUCUCGCCAAUUGACUCGGAUCCUACUGCCGACACGACCCGAGAAAUCAUACCCGAUCCGUCGCCGCUUUUGGAUUUGAACUCAAAAGCGAAAUCCGAGUCUUUCAGGGGAAGGAAUGAGACGAGGUCGUUUUCAGAUUUUGGGUCGGGUUCCGGGUUGGAUUCAGGUGGGGCAGUGUUUGAUGUAAGGCUUAAUUUGAGAGGGAAGAAUGGUGGGGGUUUAGUGUUGGAGUUGAAUUCGGAGGUCUUGAUUGCGAAUUCAGAAAUUUUUGCGGGGUUGAUUUGUGAACAUCGAAAAAAAUUGGGGUCGAAAUGUAAUAGUUACGAGGAUGGUGGUAAUUUGUCAAGAAAAAUGUGUAGAAUAGAAGUGCCUGAUGUAGAGAAUUUGGGAAUUUUUAGGGACACAAUUCAGAUGAUGUUUGAAGAGGAUAUUACUAAAACGUUACUGAAGGUUGGGGCUUAUAGAGCCAUUGAUAUACUUGAGGUAUCAGCUAGCAUCAUGUUUACUAAAGGUGUUUUAUCCUGUUUGAAAUACCUUGAGGCUGUCCCUUGGACAGAGGAAGAAGAGGACAAACUUAGGAAUCUAUUUACAGUGUUUAAAUUUGAUGAGACAACAAGUCGAGACAUUUUGGCUAGACUCCACUUGCUUAGCUCGGAAGGUUCUCAACAAAAUUUAGCUAGACAGCUUGUUUGGUCUAUUACCUCUUGUGCUGAUGCCAAUGCAAGAAAUGAACUGAAGUCAUUAGUUAAGGGUCUCCUUUGCAAAAGUUCAGUGUAUGAGAAGGAUCAACACGAUCUCAACAAGGAAGACCUUUAUGAUGUUUGUCAGUCCUGUGUAGGUUCAUUAAUCAGUCUCAUGGAGGAAGCCUCUGACAUCAUAUCCCAUGGAACAAUGGCGAAACAGGAAACAAGUAAGCCCUUGAUUGGACGCAUCUCCAGACAGGUUGACAACAUCAAUUGGCUAGUGGAAAUCCUCCUUGAUCGGCAGAUUGGUGAGGAAUUUGUGGAUAUGUGGGCAGAUCAAGGGGAGUUACUUAAAAUGCAUAAGAGUGUAUCUCCAAUGGUUAGAUAUGAGCUCAGCCGGGUUUCUGCAAUUUUAUUUAUUGCAAUGGGAACCAGAAAAUUGCAUUGCCGCUCAGAAGCAAGAGCAGCACUUCUCCAGGCAUGGUUUGGUCCAAUGCUAUUGGACUUCAGUUGGUUACAGAGAUGUAAAAAAGGUUUGGACAUGAAAGCAUUAGAAGAAGCCAUGGGUCAGACACUCCUUACACUUCCUUUGAAGCAGCAGUAUGUGCUGUUCACAGAAUGGUUUGGGUAUUUCUCCAAGCAUGGCACUGAAUGUCCCAAUCUCAGUAAAGCCUUCCAGAUUUGGUGGCGUCGAUCGUUCCUGAGAGGCUCCGAAACUCAUGCAAUUGAAUCCAGGUAA